GAGAAAGAGGGACAGAGACGGACAGAGGGAACAUAAUUAAAAGCAGACACCUUUAAGAUGCCUUGGAGAACUGUAGUAUUUUACUCUUUUUCUUCAGCGGACCGUGGCGGACUUAAAACAUUUAUCUGAGGCCCAUUUACAAAGGAUCAAAACUAGAGUCAUCUUAGUGAUAUUGACGCUCAACUUUUUUUUUUAAAGUGCGGGAUUUCCUGAAAAGUCAUGAGGGUGCAAACUCUCCCAAGAGCGCAAAUUUUGCAGGAGUUUAAUUUGCAGUGCCAGGCAUUGGCUGCUAAUAGCUACAGAGGCUUUAAACAGGAGUUUGAGGAGCUCAGUGAAGUUGGAAAAGAUCUCCCCACCAGGGCUGGGGACUCUGAGGUCAACAGGGAAAAGAACAGAUACCCAUUCAUUUUACCGUAUGAUCACUGUCGGGUCAGGCUCUCUGUUCAAAACUCCUAUCCACACACCGACUACAUCAAUGCAAACUUUGUGCCUGGUGGAGGAUCAGAAAGAGACUUCAUUUGCACCCAGGGUCCUUUGCCCAACACCAUAGCUGACUUCUGGAGGAUGGUGUGGGAGCAAAACGUCAGGAUUGUUGUCAUGGUGACAGCUCUGAAACACAAGGACAUAGUUUUCUGUGACAAGUACUGGCCACUGGACCCAGGGACAGUUUAUCAUGGACUCAUCCAAGUCACAACAGUGACUCGCAAACAAGGGCCAGAUUAUUUUAUCACCACCAUUAACCUCCGGCAUAGAGACUGUCCAACAGACAGGAUAAUCACACACUAUUACUACCCCUCCUGGCCUGACAGGGGAGUCCCUAAGAGCCCAUCUACUCUCUGCGUCUUCACUGAGCAUGUGCGGCAGCAUUUGGAAACCAUUCCUCGUCUGGGACCGGCUGUGGUGCACUGCAGUGCAGGUAUUGGCCGGACAGGAACAUUUGUAACACUGCUCUGGCUGCAACAACUGUGUGCGAGGGGUAUCCGGCCUGAUAUCAAGGCUGCUGUGCAGGACCUUCGUCUGCAUCGAAUGUGGAUGGUCCAGACUCUGGAGCAGUACGUGUUUGUUCAUCAGUGUCUGUUACACUGGCUCAGUGGAGGAACCUCAGCAUGGAGCUCACAGAUCCAGAGAGCCAGUUUAAAUGCCAACAACGACAUCCAGGAUCGGCCUAAGAGCUCCUCAGCACGGAGAGCGCGAUCGGGGAGGAGCCACCGUCACCAACCCCGACAGAAACCUGCAGCUGACCCACCACAGAACACAAUGCAGCAGAUUUUAAACCCGGGCAACCUACUGAGGCGAUUACUUCCUUCCUCUUCACUGCUCAAUCCAGCCACACACUUCAACUGAACAGGCAUGCUGGAAGAUGUAUACAUGUAAAGAAAGACUACAUAAAAAUUUUGCCAUCAUACAUCAGCUCACAGAAGGACGUGUAUACUGUAUGCGGUCGGGCCCUGCAGGCAGAAAACUGGCCUGACAACAUGCAGAUAAAAGAGCAGCUUGUAUCGUCAUUAGAAGAGAAUGAAUUCAAGGAAGAAGAAAUCAGGUCAAACCUGCUACCCUACCCAUCCUGGCAAAAAAAUAUUGAGGCUGGUACCUGUAUAUACUGGCACAU